AUGCUGGAGCUUGCUCAAAGUUUAAUAUUGAAUGAAGAAGCACUUAAUAGUUUACCAGAAAACAAACGACCCGUAUUUAUUUAUGAAUGGCUAUGCUUCUUAAAUAAAGUACUCGUUGCUGCUCAAAAGAAUGACAUUCGUGAAUGUCAACCACGUAUUGUUGAACAGCUUAUGCAGCAAGUUCAAUACGGACCUGGUCCACCAAUACGAACAUUAAUAGGUCGAAAUUUAGCAACUUUAUUUAGUGUCGGAGAUCCAUUUCCAUUAUUCAAUACAGUCAACCGUUGUAAUGAAGUAUUAAAAUCCAAAGAUGAAACAGCUAAAUUAGCCACUGUGGUAGUUAUUGGUGCACUUUAUGAACGUCUCGGUCGGCUAGUUGGCCGUUCCUAUGAGGAAACUGUUCAAUUGUUACUUAAAAUGUUAAAAAAUGGAGAUUCUCAAAUGCGUUUUGAAAUUAUGUUUACAUUUGAACAUAUUAUUAAUGGACUUGGCUCAGCUGGUAGUAAUAUUCAUCGUGAAAUAUAUAAACUUGCUAAAACAUACAUAUGCGAUCGAGCCAUGCCUGUUCGAUCAGCUGCUGCAAUGUGUCUUAUUGCAUUAAUUAAUCAAAACAAUUUCAUGUAUACAAGUGAAUUAGAAGGGAAUGUAACAUUAGGUUUUCGUGCACUUGAUGGCUCAAAUUAUGAAGUUCGUUGUUCAGUAGCGAAAUAUCUAGCCGCAUUAUUAGCUGCAACACAAGAGACAAAUCUAAAUUCAAAUCAAAACGCAAUGAGUAAAUCGAAUGCAAACAUUACCAAUGCAAAGAAAGUUAAAACAGAAGAUCUAUUAAAUUAUUUAGCUGGCGGAUUUUUACGUGGUAACAUUGGAUUUUUAAAAUCGAAUACAACGGAACGUCUCAAAGGACCAACAACAGUCCAACGCGAGAUACGUAUUGGUGUUACUCAUACUUAUGUAGAAUUAGCUCUCGUUCUUGGCACGCCAUGGAUUGAACAAAAUCUAUCUUUAUUUAUCAAUCAUAUUCUUGAAUUAGCUGGAAACCCUCGUGCAUCAACAUCACAUGUUGAUGCUGUUUACUCACGCAAAUGUAUUACAUUUAUACUUCGUUCAGUUAUUGGUUCACGUCUUGGUGAGAAAGCACAAUUUUCUGCUGCAAAAGAAUACGCCACAAUUAUUACACGUUAUACAACACCACAAAUCAUACCGAAUAAUGCAAAUUCAUCGCCGACAUCAACCAAUGAUUUGCAUGCAUCAACAGGUUCCUCAUCUCUGAAUUCAAGUACAAGUUCUAUGGUACAAUCAUAUGCAUCGUCAUCAACAAAUGCUUUUGAAUCAUCGUCGUCAAACACUGAAUUUACUCAGCAUAUACUUAUUUGUGCUUUACAUGAGCUUAGUCUACUUGUACAAAGUCUUGGAACGUCAACGUCAUUACUUUUACAAGAUAGCUGUAAUGGUUUGAUUGAUACACUUUUUUUAGCUAUUCUGAAUCCAUCACAUCCAGUGCGAUUGUCAGCUGCAUGGUGCCUUCGUUCGAUUACAACAGCAUUACCGUCACUUAUGACGCCAUUGAUUGAUCGAUGUCUUGACAAGAUGAAAACUUUAGCUAAACAAACAACUUCGUACAACACAGAUGCCAUGUCAGGAUUUGCACUUGCCCUGCAAGCCCUACUUGGCGCUGUAUAUCGAUGUCCAUUAGGUAUUCCAUCACAACGUGCUAAAACUAUAUUUGAUUUUGCCGAUGAUCUUCUUCGUACGGCUACAACUUCAAUAGCUGGUCAACAACAAUCAUUAAUUCCACGUGUUAUAUUACAACGUACUCAUACAGCAUGGCAUUUACUCGCUGCAUGUUGCACACUUGGACAGCAGGUUAUAAAAAAGUUUGUGCCACGUUUAGUUCUUCUAUGGCGCAAUGUAUUUCCACGAUCACAAAGUGAUUUCGAACAAGAAAAACAACGUGGUGAUUCAUUCACAUGGACACUUUCAUUUAAUCAACGUUCCGGCGCACUUUGCUCAAUGAUAUCAUUCUUAAAUAAUUGUUCAUUGGGUGAUGAUCAUUUAAUAACAGAUGAUUUACUUAAACGUAUGUUAAAUCCAAUUGAAAAUGCCAUACUUGUACUUCUUCAUAUACCCAAUCUAAUAAAACAAUUUGGUCCACAAUUGAAAGCAUCGACAGCUAUGUUUCGUUUACGUUUAUACGAACUACUUUUACUUGUACCAAUUAAAUUUUAUGAACAACAUUUUAAAAUUUUGCUAAGAGAAUUAGUUGCAGAAUUUACAUUGACGGACAAUUCAUCAAAUACGACGACUUCUUUACUGCGAUCAGUUUGCCAUGAUAAUGAUAGUGUUUUACUUGGUAAUUGGCUUCAAGAAACCGAUUAUCAAUUGAUUGAAGAACAACUUCAACCAAAUUCUGCAAGUGGCUCAGGUGCACUUGAACACGAUGAAACAUUUCUCUAUCGUCGAGAUACAUCAUUGGCAUCUUUUAAUAUUAUAAAUUAUCUCUUUCGUUCAUCUUCGGGAACGGAUAAUAAUUCAAGCAAUGCCUAUUAUUCUCGUCCAGCUGAAUUAAAUAUACCUGGUCCAUUACCGCUAGGUGUUGCUGUUAUAGAUUCAUCUAUUCUUCUCUAUGGCACGAUGUUUAUUCGUGUGCCAAAUAAACAUCGUUUAAAUAUGCUGCAACAUUUUAUUGACAUAAUUAAACAAUCAAAAGGCGCACGACAAGAAGCCGUUCAAGUAAAUAUAUUUACAGCUGUUUUAACCGCUUUAAAAACUCUGGCGGAAACAAAACAAUCAUCAUCGAUUGAUGAUGAAAAUGUUAAAAAAUGUGCGUGUACACUUGUCAUGCAAACAUUAAGUCAUCAAAAUCCUAUACUGCGUUGUGCAGCUGGUGAAGCACUUGGCCGUUUAACACAAGUCGUUGGCGAUGGACGGUUCGUUGCUGACAUAGCACAAAUAUGUUUUGAUCGUCUCAAAGAAUUUCGUGAUAUUCCAUCGCGUACAGGUUAUUCAUUGGCACUCGGCUGUUUACAUCGUUAUGUGGGUGGCAUGAGUACAGGACAAUAUUUAAAUUUAUCUAUAUCAAUACUUCUUGCACUUGCACAAGAUCAAUCAGCAUCGAUGGUUCAAGUAUGGGCAUUACAUGCACUAGCAUUGAUAGCGGAUUGCGGUGGACAAAUGUUUCGUUCUUAUGUUGAGCCAAGUUUAGCACUGAUUCUGCAUCUUCUUCUUUCUGUAUCGCCAUCACAAUCAGACGUAUUUCAAUGUUGCGGUCGUUUACUUGGUGCUUUAAUAAUAACAAUUGGGCCCGAACUUCAAACGAAUACAAAUUAUAUAUCGAUAUUACGUUCAUCAUGCUUAACAGCUAGUAGUCUUUUACAAAUGCAUAUUGAACCUAUUGUGCAAUCAGAAGCUAUACAAGCUUUACAACAAUUACAUUUAUUUGCGCCACGUCAUGUUAAUUUAUCGAAUUUAGUACCAGAUUUAAUUAAAGGAUUAAAGUGUAGAGAUCUAUCAUUGCGACGUGCAUGUGUUUCAUGUUUAAGACAAUUAUCACAGCGUGAAGCCAAAGAAGUUAGUGAACAUGCAAAAUUAUUUAUUAAAGAUAGAGCACAAGAUUCAACACUUGGACUUUCAGAAUUUCGUUGUCUCGAAGAAUUACUUUUUUCUAUGCUCGAUACAGAAACAGAUGCGAAAUUAUGUUCCAAUGUACAAGAUACACUUGUCUAUAUGCUUCAAGCAUUAGCUGCUGAUAAUUUAUCGAGUUGGUUACAAUUAUGUAAAGAUGUUCUUGCUGCUACUACAGAAACAACUGGCACCGGAGGACAUGCUGAAGCCGAUCAACAACAACAACAGCAGCAGCAGCAAACAUCUGGCCCAACUACAACUUCAUCUUCUCAGUCGAAAAAUUCUUCACGUCUUACUGCUGACGAUGAUGAAGAUAGUUGUGGUCUUCACGAUGAUGACGACGACGAUUAUGCUGAUACAGGCGGCGAUGAACAAUUACAAACAUCGAAUAAUCAAAAUUCUAUACGCCGUGCAACAUCAUCUGCUAAAUGGCCAACAAAAGUAUUCGCCGCUGAUUGCGUUCAAAAACUCAUCACUUUUUGUGAACAAACAUCACUAUCAAAUUUACAUUUCGACUAUAUAUCAGCUAAGGAACGUCUUCGAACAUAUCCAAAUGAAGAUUAUCUCGUUACACAUUUAAAUACCCUAAUAACAUUUUCAUUUAUGUCAUGUACAUCAACAAGUGAUCAAUUGCGUCUCUCAGGUUUAUCAUUACUCAAGCAAAUUAUAGUCAAAUUUGCACACAUACAAGAAGAUAUCGACCUACCGGGACAUGUUAUCCUUGAACAAUAUCAAGCACAAGUCGGUGCUGCAUUACGCCCAGCUUUUUCUCAAGACACAUCAUCACACGUCACAGCGCAAGCCUGUGAUGUGUGCAGUACAUGGAUAUCAAGCGGCGUUGCACAUGAUCUAAAUGAUCUACGACGCGUACAUCAAUUACUGGUAUCAUCGUUACAAAAGUUCACGUCAAUACAACAACAUAAAAAUGAUACAUCAAUGAUUUAUAGUGAAAAUGCAUUAACAAUUGAAAAUUUAGCUGUACUUCGUGCGUGGGCUGAUGUUUAUAAUGUCGCAACAAUACGACAAAAUGAAGAAAAAAAUAGUCCAAAUAGUAAUUUAUUGAUACUUGUACAGCCGGAAUUGAAUGUUCUCAUACAUCAUUGGCUUGCAGCAUUAACUGAUUAUGCAUUUUUAAUAUUACCUCAUGAAUUUGGUGGUAGCAUGGAUGAAAAUGCAACCGGUGGAAAUUUCUAUUCUGCUGAAUCAAAUCUUGACUUAACACGAACAAUCUAUAAAGCAAAUUGGUCAUCGGUUAUGCAAGCGACGACACAGUGGCUUGGCGAACAUCAUUAUGAACUUGAAACAUUAGCUGCCAAUCAAAAACUUAUUGGUUAUAGACAACGAGAUGUAUUAAUGACGAAAUUUAUUACAUCAACAUUUUCAAAUAAAAUACGAACAUUUCCAGAAAAGAAAGAAGAUAUUUUUGCCAUGUUACUAGGCUGUUGUGUUGAGGCUGUUUCAAUAUCAGUAUCCGAUCAAACAGAAGAAAAUAUUGAAGCAAUGCUAUCAUCAUUCACCAAUUUAAUUCAAUCAGACAUUGCAACUCAUCAGAUAACCAUGGUUGUUUGCAUUGAAAUGCUCAAUGUUCUUCAACGUCUUCAAUUUGUUCGUACUGAUUUAAAAACUCACAUACGUAUAUUAAGAAUUGUUGAUAAAAUCUUUCAUAUUGUUCCAUCGUGUUCGCAAUUAAUAGCAACUAUCAAUGAAGAUCAUCUAGUCCCAGGCGAAUCCUUCUUAUUUGCUUCAUUGGAGUUGCUUGUUUGUGUACUUUUAAGUUAUUAUCCAAAUAUAGCUGGUGAUUUACAAUUAGGCCCAAUCUUUCAAAUGAAAUCAUCUGUUAAAACAAAUUCAGACAAUCAAAAAAUGAAUGAAAUGAUGUUGUUAAAUGUUAAGCUUCUUAGCGAACUUAUUACAUUAUCUUCAACUAAUGAUAGUCUUCAAGCAUUAAUACCAGUUGUUCUUCAGUUAUUAUUAUCAACAAGUUCUGUUAUUCUUUCAACCAAAACCGAUGAUCAAAAACAAUUACUAUCAACAAUUAUUCAAUUUAUAGAGAAUAUUUUUUCUACAACCAUCGAUAAAGAUAUUUUACGUUGUACAGUGAUGACAAUUAUUAAUUUUAGAACCAAUUUGACGAACAAAGGUGUUUCUGACAAUGGACAUUUUGUUCAGUGUCUUACAUCGUUACUUAUUAAUUCACCAUCCAUGAAUUUAACUGAUCAAUGUGUAGAUUUUUAUCAACAAGCAUUUAAUGACGAAAAACCCGAAACUCGUAUUCGUGUGCUACAAUGUCUUAAUCAAUUAUUUCAAUGUACAAAUACUGCACUACGUAAUCAGUUUAUACAAAUUUUCACACCAUUAUUAUUGAAUGAACUAAAGAAAGAUAAUGCAGAACAACAGCAAGAAUCGACCAUCGAAGUUUUAAAAUGUUUUGAAACUCUUCUAACUGUCGUUGAUUCAACACUACGUGUUCGUUUAGCAUCCUUAAUCAUUCCAUUAUUUAUAAAUUUUCUGCCUGAUUCGACCCUAUCAUCUGUGCGAAUUAAUUAUCCUAAUGCACGUUUAAUAUCCUAUAUAAUCGAACGUAUACAAUAUUUAAUUCCAUUAUAUUCAAAUGAAUUUCGUCUUAUUCUUCAAACAUCACCUGAUCUUCGUACGAAACUUGAGAAUGCUAUUCGCCGACAACAACAACUCAAACAACAACAAAAAGAUGAACGCGAAUCAAAUUAUUCAUCAAAACACUAUCAUACUACAUUGAAUUCAUCAUCGCAAGCACCUUCACUUCCUCUUCGUAUAGAUUUUUCGAAUUUUAAAUCAUCUUAA